AAGAAGAAGAGGCUAACGUCAACAGAACUUAAAGUUGAGCUUACAGCAGUUUAGCCAGCUACAAUAUACAAAAAGAAGCCGGAUAACUCAUCUAUUCGGAAAAACGAAUCAGAUAAACUAAAGCACACAGACUUUCUGUUCGCUGCUUUGUUGUCUGGUAGAUGUACUGUAGACGUUAACCUAUUUUGCUAAGUUGUGGUAGCUAGCUACUGUAGCUAGCUAGCAACCCAGCCCAACUGGACUAGCUAACUUGCUUGAUACAUGGCUAGUCAGCUCCCGAGGUGUUUAGCUAAGUACAGCUAGCGAGCCAACCAGUUAAAUACAAGUUAAACGCGGAUAAUCAAGCAACAUUGCUAACUCUAACGUUUUAAAGUCCUCCAUUCAAUGCUAGCUACCUAUCUAUAACUGUACGUCAGUUGGCCAGCUAGCAAGCAAUGGUGGGCUGGCUAAAUCGAUUAUGUAUCUAGCUAGUUAGGUAAAUCACCGACGUGGCUUGCUUCCUUCUCUGUUGAUUCUGUAACCAGUUAACUUUCUUGAUAUUAUUGACACCACUGUCUAGACGUUAGCUCUAGCUGUCUCGUUAACAAAUUAACUGAACAGGCAAGACCAACAUUGCAAUGGCCACAGCAGGGGUCUUAUCGGGUCCCUCUGGCUCAGGGCCUCGGAAGAUGGCUUCUUUAGAGGGUCUAGGGUCCCCUAGUUCAUCUCAAACCAUGAAGAAGACGAUAGGUCAUCGUGGGAUUGAUCCUACUGGGGAGACCACAUACAAGAAGACCACCUCCUCAGCCCUGAAAGGUGCCAUUCAGCUGGGCAUCACCCACACAGUGGGCAGCUUAAGCCAGAAACCUGAGCGAGACGUUCUCAUGCAAGACUUUGAAGUGGUGGAGAGCAUCUUCUUCCCCGGUGAGGGCAGUAACCUGACCCCGGCCCACCACUACAGUGACUUCAGGUUCAAGACAUACGCUCCCAUCGCCUUCCGCUACUUCCGAGAGAUGUUUGGCAUCCGCCCUGAUGACUACCUGUACUCACUGUGUAACGAUCCGCUGAUUGAGCUGUCUAACUCUGGAGCCAGUGGGUCCAUCUUCUACGUGUCCAGUGACGACGAGUUCAUCAUCAAGACAGUGCAGCACAAAGAGGCGGAGUUCUUGCAGAAAUUGCUUCCUGGCUACUUUAUGAAUCUGAACCAGAACAAGCGGACGCUGCUGCCUAAGUUCUACGGGCUGUACUGCGUCCAGGCGGGGGGGAAGAACAUCCGCAUUGCCGUCAUGAACAAUCUGCUCCCCCGGGCUGUGAAAAUGCACCUCAAGUACGAUCUGAAGGGCUCCACCUGCAAGAGACGAGCCUCGGCCAAGGAGAGGGCAAAGGCCGUGCCCACCUACAAAGACCUGGACUUCAUCCAGGACCGACCUGACGAACUGCUGCUUGAGCCUGAUAACUACAAUGCUCUCUGCAAGACCAUUCAGAGGGACUGCCUGCUGCUGCAGAGCUUCAAGAUCAUGGACUACAGCCUGCUGGUGGGCAUCCACAACUUGGAGCAGGCAUGUCGGGAGAAGGGCAGUGAAGAGGCUCCGGGGGCCACCGACCAGAGGAGGCCACCGUGCCAGAAGUCGCUGUACUGCACAGCCAUAGAGGCCAUCCAGGGAGAGGCGAGGGGCAAAGCACACCUAGAUACAGAAGACCACAUGGGAGGUAUUCCAGCAUGUAACUCGAAGGGGGAGAGGAUGCUGGUGUUUAUUGGCAUCAUUGACAUUCUGCAGUCCUACAGGUUUGUGAAGAAACUGGAGCACUCCUGGAAAGCUCUGGUUCAUGAUGGGGACACAGUGUCUGUUCACAGGCCAGGUUUCUACGCAGAGCGCUUUCAGAAGUUCAUGUGCAACACCGUCUUCAAGAAGAUCCCAUUGAAGACUUCCCCAUCAAAGAAGAACCGGACCCAGAGUGCCCUCCGCAGGACCAACACAGCCACCUCCGGACCUGCUUCUCCAGCUCAGGACGUCAGCAGCACAGCCAGAGGCCCUCUGUCCGGCAGCACAGAGAUACAGACCGAAACGGAAGGAGACAGUGGCAUGCAGUCAGGACGCCCUGACCUGCUUAUGAAGACCCAGACACAUGACGAUGUCACCCGUAACUCAGCAGAUUCCACCCACUCCAACAUUUCUCUGGGAAGCGCUGGGCCCGCUCCCACACCUCCCCCUGUCAGGUCUGUUGGAGUGGAGGUGCACAAGUCAGCCAGCACCAACCAGGAGCCUCCUAGCACCUCUAAGAGUGUUGGGACACUGGACGAAUGCAUUGGUGGAGACAUCAUCUCACUGAGUGACAUCAUUCCACAGACAAGCACCUGUUAUUGAUUUCAGAGAAACAGUUGAUGGAAAGACACUAGAAGACAAACCAAGUUGAAAAAGAGAUGGAACAGAAAAGGCAUUGCGACAGCCUUGAGGAGAAGAGCCAGGGGAGAGUUGAAGUGACUGGACUUAGAAGGGGAAACAAAGAGUAGAAAGACUAGUACAAGUGUACUAGAGAAGCUGCAUGCCCCAAUAACUCUUGGGUGUGGGCGGGGGGCGGGGUGAGAGGGCGGUGUUUUCUUAGUUCUACAGGUGUGACAGCUCUUCCUUGAACAUCCUGUUGCCUGCAAUGGACAGAGGGAUCUGACGGAAAUGGUGCCUUUGCUUUGAUGACACUUGUGAUGGUUGUGUACAGUUCUUGACAACCACAUCCAUAUGGUGGUUAUGGGCCAUUGUGCAAUUACUCUCUAAACCCAAGAGAUAUAUCGCAGUCCUCAAAUCAGUGAACAAUGCUUUUCAACCCCUCAUUCCUGUAUUGGUGCCAGUUCCUGGUCAUAGUGCUUUGGUUCUCCUAGAAUGCAAGGCAAUGGCUUGUGGGUACCUGGUGCUAAAAAUAGAGAUAUACCAGUGUAGAAUAAAACUUUAUAAUUGUUCUCAAGUUGUAGCUGGGCACACCAAACACAAGCACAACAGUAAAAGUAAUCAAAUGCCUAAAAAACGAUCAUCCUUUCUCCUCUUUCAGAGAUCCAUUCCUGCUGCCUUUGAACUGGAUUGCUGCAUACUUUCCAUGUUGAACUUGCCUGUUGAACUUGCCUGUACUAUCAUUACAAUGCUAGAUAAUGAAUUGUUCCUGUGCUGUAUGAUGCAAGGACACUAAGGGAAAAGUACAGUAGUUCUUAGACAUUUAUCUAGUCAUACAUGGAUACCCUUGAACAAUGUGAUUGUAAACAUUGCUGGAAUGUAUAGUGUUUUUUUUUUGACAUUUUACAGUGUUGUUGGACAGUAAUUUGGCAGUUAUGAGUUUACAUAUUGACCAAGCUACAUACUCCCAUCGAUGCUGUUGUGAACUCUUAGAUGUAACUUCUUGACCAAAACCUUUCCCAUACCUUUACAGUAGGCUAAUAUUCAGGGCAAUCAACCUUACAAUAAUCCUUAAGUACAGUGCCUGUGCCCACUGCAUAUUCCUCAAAAACAAGUUAUAAGCCUUACUGAACUAAAAAGAUCAUCUUAUAUUUUCCUCUAACAGCUUUCUUGACAGUGGUGAUAGUUGUCUGAAGUGGAGAUAUAGAAAGACAUUUACAGUGAGACCAAAAGUGACCUACUAAGAAUCAUGAAGUUUGAGUUUCUGAUUCAGACCCUUAACGUGCUUAAAGAACAUUUUGUUCAAAACUCCUGUUGUUCACCCACGAUACACAGGGAUUUAUGUUCAUAGUACUAACUGGUGUAUUUUCUCAUUCAAAUAGUGUUGAAUUGUGUGCAGUCAGACACAUUACUUCUCUGAUGCAUACAAAGUUAUUUCUUAGGUAGUUAGUAGAGCUCAACCCUGAGAAUGAUAUCAAAGUUUAACUAUGCGAUUAAACUAUAUAAUAGAGUGCACCUACACACCAGGCAAAAUUAAAUAUGUAAUGUCAUUUUCUCUGUACACACACUUUUUAAUAUGCCCUAUAUUCUCUUGAACCCCAAAGAUUGAACAGAAUUAGCUGUAUAUCGUUUCAUUCUAUGCUAUAGAGGUAAUAUAGGUUAUUAUGUCUUUUUCAGACUUCUAGCUGUUCUUUGUCCCAAUAUGAGACCUAAUAAGCGAGCUAUUACUUUAUUAACUGCAGAAGUAGUAACUCCAACUGUCUGUAAAUAAGCCUAUUUACUAAUUACUACAUAUGUAUUACCCUAUUUUUGAUGUUAUUUAUUGUCUUCCUCUAGCUUUAGGUGUUUUUAUUAUGAAGCUACUCAAUAUAUUGCAUAUUGAGAUAAAUGAGAUUGGAGACAGAUUGCAUUUACCUUGAUGAAACAGGAACUAACAUGCAACGUAUACACUUUUUUAUUUUUUAAAUGGCCUACUAUUUUUAUACAGAUCUUUACAUCUGUAAUAUAUUCCUGUGUUUCUUUUCUACUCAAAUGUGCUUUCCUUUUUAACUUGUAAGAUGGCACAAAUGUUUCAUCAUAUUGUGUGAAUUGCCUCGGUUUCUUUUUACAUGCAUUUUGUAGUAUUGUAUUCUUGCCGGAGUUCUU